GAAGGCGGUACGCAGCUCAGCUCGCCGGUGCAGAUCACGCUGAACAUGCUCAAGAGCAUGCUCGGCUCGGGCAACUUGGCGCUGCCCGCCGCUGUGGCCGCGGUAGGCUGUAGCCCGAAGGCGUUGGUGCCGGCAGUUUUGAUUUCGUUCGUCUUUAGUUUGGUGAGUGCUUACAGUUUUUUGCUCAUCGCGCGGGUCUGCAGUGGCACGGGGACCGAGUCGUACCAGGACGCGUGGGCGAAUACGGUAUCUGAAGGAACGAAGUGGUUGCCCGCUUGCGCCAUCAUGGGCAAGACGUUCCUCGCUUGCGUGAGCUAUCUGAUGAUAAUAGGAGAUUGCUUCUCUAUUGGACUUUCACCCUUGAAUUUGCCUCAGGCUGUUGCCGGGCGCAACGGACUGAUUGCCAUUGUCUCCUUGCUGGUAUUAUUCCCACUCUGCAAUCUGAAGUCGCUGGCGUCCUUGGCCAAGUUCUCCGCAUUAGGGAUGUUGGCCGCGAUGUACACGCUGUUCGUCGUUGCGUACCGCUACUUCGACGGAUCCUAUGCAGUGGGCGGCUCGCUGGUUCACGCAGCUGUGUUCAAGCCUCGCUUCGAGCACUUCGCCGGGCCCGCCAUGAGCACGGUGCUGACUCCGUCGGCCGCGGUCAUCGUGUGCACGCUGGCCUAUGCGUACACGCUCCACUACAGCGCCCCGCAGUUCUGGGCACAGCUGCAGCCAGAUGCCGACGGGCGCAAGGAGAAGCGCAUGGCCGUCUGCACGUUUGCUGCGUUCUUGGGGUCCUGGGUCUACUUCAGCUGCAUCAUGGGGUUCGGCUUCCUCACGUUUGGAGGUGGCGCGCAGGGCAUGAUAUUGAACAACUACGCUUCGGUGGACGCACUGGCUACACCAGCACGUGCCGCACUCGGUUUCUCCGUCGCCAGCACUUUCCCGAUCAUCUUCUGGAACUUCCGCGACAGUUUCCUGCGCCUGAUCGGGCCGUCUGCGCAGAAGUUCUAUGGCUCCAGUCCGAUGCUUGUUACGGCGCUGAUCCUGCUGACCAUGGUGCCCACCGCCGUGGUCGUCCGCGACCUCG